AUGCGCCACAUCAAGCGAAGAGACAAUCUCAAAUUCGUCACCAGAAAUGGGAAGAGUUGUGUUAAUUUGAAAGCAAAACACCGCAAAACCCAUGCGACCACCAUCCCUCCUCCAAACCUCCACCAACGUCGUAACUUGCAACGCCGGCUCUCCAUUCCGCCUCGUCACCUCUAUCCCCUUCACAAACUGCUCCUCCUUUCCCUCCAUCUCCUCCACAACACUCAAAGCUCUCUCCGCACCACCUCGCCUCUCUCUGACUUCCCCACUCCUCCACUGUUUCUUCCUUACUCCGCCGCCACAACGGCCUCUCAGGACUCUAUCUCACUCGUCUCAUUAACCUCACUGACCACACCGUCUUCUCCAUUCCCGUCUCCACCUAUGUUCACUUCGUCAUCCUCAGAAACAUGCAAAAUAUCAACUCCUUCACCAUCUCCCAGGCGAAUCUCUCCGGCAACACCUUAA